AUGGCAUUAACGGGUACAGUGAAGGUGGAGUAUGACGAUGUGAGUGGUCUGAAAGAGGGUGUGUUUGUGGCUCAUGUGAUUCUAUUGAAAGAUGGUGCCAAAGUCAAAGAGGACUCCUUGCACAUUUCCAACCCAGUUGUAACACAGCUCUUCAGUGAGCUCGACUAUCUCCGAAGCAACCACAGCGAUGUGAUCGAAGCUGAAGAGGAGGCCAAGAAGGCGUUAGAGAGCGCGAUCAACAACCACAAACAAGUAAAGGUGAAAAUUGAGGAGCUGAAGACCGUCAAUGAUGGUUAUCAGAAACAGAUGCAAGCACUGCAAAUGGAGAAGGCAAACCUGAAGUCCAACAUAUCAGCUUUAGAGGGAUCUUGUGGCGGAUGCCUCCCUGGUUGGGCUCUUUUCAACUCGUCCUGCUAUUUCUUCUCCUACACCGAGUCCUCUACUGUCAAAAAGAACUGGCAUCAGAGCAGAGAGGACUGUGUUAGUCGUGGCUCUGACCUGGUUGUGAUCGAUGACCAGGAAGAACAGAAAUUUGUCAGUAGCAGCAUCCAAAAUAUGAAAACCAGUGAUCAGUGGUGGCAGAAUGGAUUCUGGAUCGGUAUCACUGACAUAGAGACUGAGGACAGAUGGGUUUGGAUUAAUAAUGUCACAGAGGUCGAACAACGGUACUGGAUGGAUGGGGAACCCAACGACCAGGGAACCCAUGGAGAGGAUUGUGGGGUUGCAGUUUCCUCCAUCUUCAAUCCCUGGAAGACUCGUUAUGAUGGAAGAUGCCACUGGCAUAAUUUACACUGGAUAUGUGAAACCAAAGAGCUCUUUAACCUCCAGGAUACUUACAAGACUGCAGUGGAAACCAUGAAGGAAGCCAGGAAGCAGCUGGACAGCGAGAUGAGCCAUCAGACACAAACCAACUGGGAGCUUGAACACCAGACAAAACGAAGCAAUGACUAUAAAAGCGAUGGCUGCAAACACUGUCCUGCAGGAUGGAUUUUAAUGAACUCUGUAUGUUACUACUUCCCCUUGAAAUCAAAUGAAGUCAAAACAUGGAAGGAAUCCAGAGAUUUCUGUCAGCUGCAGGGAGGAGAUCUUAUAAUCAUAGACAGCCAAGAUGAAGAGGGUAGCAUUCCUCCACUUUCUUGCUCACACCACCAGCACAUGACGGAUUUCGACAAAACAUCAAGAAUGAAUGCAUGGAGAGAACCUCCAAGUGAUUUCCAUAGUGGAUUUGAGACAGUCACAUGUGAAGAAGACCUGUAUGAUGAAGAUCAUCCUCCUUGCCUUCAGUUUAUCAGGAACCAACGUAUAAAAGUGUCCAUGUUCAGUGUGAGGUCUGUGAGACAUUACAGACUGACUGCAGUGAGUCUGUUUCUUCUUGCUGCUGUUCUCCUGAUACUUAAUAUUGGCCUGGGAGUUCACUACAACAAGCCCACAGAUACUUACUUCACCCUUGAUGAUACUGAACGCAUCGGUAAAGAGCUCAUCGACCUCCAGGAUACUUACAAGACUGCAGUAGAAAGACUGAAAAGUACCAAGAAGAGGUUGAACAGUAAUAUAAGCCACCAGAAACUAACCAGCUGGGAGCUUGAACACCAGACAAAAAGAAGCAACGACCAUAAAAAUCAGAUGGAAAAAAUCACAAAGGAAAUUGAAACCAUGAGAUCAUACUUACCAAUGCUUAGCGAUGGCUGCAAACACUGUCCUGCAGGAUGGAUUUUAAUGAACUCUGUAUGUUACUACUUCCCCUUGAAAUCAAAUGACAUGAAAACAUGGAAGGAAUCCAGAGAUUUCUGUCAGCUGCAGGGAGGAGAUCUUAUAAUCAUAGACAGCCAAGAUGAAGAGAACUUGACAGUAAGUUACCUGAUGAAUCAUCAAGAUGCCCCACUACAGACUGGUGACCUAUUCAGUGACCAACCCUCCUUUCAACAUUACAUGAGUUAUAUAGACCACUCCAUGAUACACGACUACUCAGAUUAUUAUGAAGAUGCCUCUGGGAUGAUGCCUCAGUCAAAUCCAAAAUCUCCAAAAGCUUUCUGGAUUGGACUGAGUGAUGUCCAAGAGGAAGGCACUUGGAAAUGGUGGGAUGGAACAUUUCUUACUGAGGGGUACUGGAACGAUGGAGAGCCAAAUGAUGUCAGCAAUGAGGACUGUGCAGCGUUGUAUCCCAAAGCAAACUUCUUCAAGAGCUGGAACGAUGUUAGAUGUGACACCCAAAUGAAAUGGAUUUGUGAAAAAGCACCAAAAUCCAUGAGCUAAAAUAUCUGUAAUACAAUUUUACAUAUGUGCAUGCUACUAUAACACA